CUUGUGGCAGCCAAUACAGCCAGUGGGAAUGAAGGAUCCUCCUCAGGACCCAAUCCUGGAGGUGUAGGGCGGGUCCUCUCUGGGUUCCGGCUCCGGCUCCUCCCCCGGCCCACAGAGGCAGCGUUGUCCCUGAUCGAGCGGCGGGAGCGAGGGUUCAGAAAUGGGCAGUGAGAAGGAGAAGGAGCAGAAUCCAGAACAGCACCUGCCUGAGGAAGGGGAAUGGGGUGAGCCUUGGAGAGUGGAGGACUCGGAGGGUUUUCGGAUCCCAGAUGGAGAGAAGGAGCAUGAGCAAGAGAGCCUCUCAGAAGGGCCACGAGAGAUCCACCCAAAAAAACCGUUGCAGAAAGUCACCGACCCCGCCAGAGAGCCCGGGGGCCCCAUGGCUCACCCAAGGCCCGAGAUCGACGAGAAGCCCUUUAUAUGUGCCCAGUGUGGCAAAACCUUCAAUAAUACCUCCAACCUGAGAACACACCAGCGGAUCCACACCGGCGAGAAACCUUACAAGUGUUCUGAAUGUGGCAAGAGCUUCUCGAGAAGCUCCAACCGCAUCCGGCACGAGCGGAUCCACCUGGAAGAGAAGCACUACAAAUGUCCCAAGUGUCAGGAGAGCUUUCGGCGGCGCUCAGACCUUACCACGCACCAACAAGAUCACCUGGGCAAGCGGCCGUACCGCUGUGACCUCUGUGGCAAGAGCUUCAGCCAGAGUGCCACGCUGGCGGUGCAUCACCGGACGCACCUGGAGCCAGCGCCCUACAUCUGCUGUGAGUGCGGCAAGAGCUUCAGCAACAGCUCCAGCUUCGGCGUGCACCACCGCACGCACACGGGCGAGAGGCCCUAUGAGUGCACCGAGUGUGGGCGGACCUUCAGCGACAUCUCCAACUUUGGAGCACACCAGAGGACCCACAGAGGGGAGAAGCCCUACUGGUGCACUCUGUGUGGGAAACACUUCUCCCGGAGCUCCAACCUUAUCCGCCACCAGAAAACGCACAUGGGAGAGCAGGCUGGGAAAGACGCCAGCUGAAGGACAAUGAGGGAGAAAGAGAGAGAGAGAGAGAGAGAGACAGACCCCAGCCUAGUGUAGGAAGAUCUGUAGGAUCUGCUGCUGCCCCCUUGACCUCAAGCCCCUCCUCCCACUUUGGAGAAUGGUUUCCUGUUGCCUCUGAAGCCAGGAUCUCCAGGAAGUCCUGAGAAGGGACCCUUGAGUAAAAAUCCCUGCCCCUUUCCAGGCCAAUUUCUUGUCUUGGAAAGUGGGAGGAUCCAGUCUUGGCUUCAUCUCCUUGGGAUGAAAGAGAAGUAGGAUAGGCUUGGCACAUGCUCGUAUCAUUAGGGCAAUCAUCCCCUGGCCUUUGAGGAAGUCCCUGUGAGGUGGCAUCACUGUCUGAAGGUCCUCGGAAUUGUGUAUGAAAUGCUCGGGGCACAUUGCAGUGGCUGCCAGUUCCCAUCUGCUGGGCCCCACCUGUGUUGGGGGGAGCAGCCUUCCCAAUGGAAGGGGCCUCCUUGGCCUGGAGAAGAGGUCUGGCCCUGCCUUAGGAAUGAAAGGGAAGCCCUCAGGGAGCCUUGAUCUAGGGACCUUCACAGUCCCCCAUGUUUGUGACUUGUUCCCCCCACCCCACCUCCAUCUGUUCCCGGAGUGAUUAGCAGUAAAACUCUUCAAUGAAAA